CGUACGAAUCCCCCCAGGAGUGCGUAUAAACGAUGCUCGUCUCCUGCUUCCACUGCUCAUUCUUUUCCCAACAAGCCACUCCACAUAUCAGCUACAUCUUCAACCUCCAGCUUUGAUUCCAUUCUCAACUCCGCUCUCAACUCCAUCCUCGACCCCACUCUCAACUCCAACCUGUACGGUAAAUCAACAACUACAGCUAUCUGCACAUUCCUGACCCUUGUAGCUUUCCACAAUUUCUCACACAUUUGGUGAGCCAUACAACAUGAACGACGAGCCGAAGGCGGAUGUCAAGCGCAGACGACUCCUUUCAGCUUCAGAUGAAGACAUUCAAGCGUCCAUGGACGCGAAGCAGCUUCCAUAUCGACGGGGUUGGCCAGAGCUACAACCCCUGCCGCUCACAAACGUCAGCAACUUCCUCGAUAAGAUAUUUUCCCCAACCCAACAAAUCGACAUCCUGGAUAAAGCCCGGACAGUCUUUCAGGCGCAGCGUCUUUCCACUGACUACCUUCGGCUGGUAUUCAGAGUGCCAGAGCACGUUGAUAUUGAUGGCUCUGUCAAUCUUAGGCCUUAUUUAACUUUACUUUGGGCGGCCGACUUUCUCCAAGAUUCUCAAAGGCUCAACAGAUGCAUCAUCCAGAUUCGGCAGAGUCUACUCAGAGUUGUCGAGUUCCAGAAUAUCGCAAUUGAAUGUUUGCACUUGACCUGCAUCCAUCGGCCCCCUACAUAUGGCAUUGUACUGAGCGACGGAGCAGUUAAAGCUAAAGCCUCAGACAUGAUGGACCAUGUUGUAGAGCAACUCGGGGCUAAGGGUCGUCCUUGGUUGUGCGUGGAGGUCGCGCGCCGUGGUCUCAUUCCGGAAUAUUUCAAGUGUCCCCCGACAAUCUUGAUCACGACACCAGAUGCAAGCGACUCGCGCUAG